AUGAGUGGCUUGUCAGAUCACCUUUUUUCAGGCCAAUCUGGGGCUCCAGUGGGCUGUGGUGGGAAUCAAGCAGAGGAAAAAGGGUGUGUGGAAGGGUUGGAGGAGCUGGCAGAGCCUGAGCUCUGGACUGGGGAGCUUGGGUUCCAGGCGGAGUCCCAGGAUCCCUCCAGCGAUGGACUGGCACCGGUGACCUCCGACCCCUUUCCCCCCUCAUCUCCUUCUGUCCUCGCCAACGGCCUCCACCUACAGAGAAGGCUGGGGCACAACACCUGUCGGCGGAGGCAGACGGAGACUCACACUACUGCUGAGACACAUUCAUUCACAGAGACGUUUAGAAACAUGCAGACGCACAUAGACCCAGAUGUGCAUGCGCAGGCUGUUUCACACACACACAUAGAUAAUUGUGGACACAUGGAUAUCAAUGCACAUACAGGUUCUGUAGGGUCAGAACACUCCAGAACUCUCACACCAGAGACCAUACACACAACCUCACCUCAACCCCUGUCUUUGACACUUGGCAAUCAUCCUGCCUCCACCAAUCAGCUGGCAGCCCCAGUCCUCACAGCAGAGACAGACAUGCCCUCAACCUUUUGUCCAGUCCCUAUUGGCCCCAACCCAAACACAGGCUCCUCUCCUCUUCCUGUCGAGGCAGAGAAGAAGUAUGCACUCCGUAGCUCUGGACGUCCCCGCUUCCCCUGUCACCUGCGCAAAUCCUCCCGUCUGCGUCGAAGCAUAGAGGAUGGGGAGAAGAAAGCGUUGAGGGAGAGGGGAGGAGAGGAUGGUGAUGAAGUAUUAGAGGAGAAGAUCUGGAGGAUUAAAGAAGAGGAGGUAGCAGUUGGUGAGAAAGAAGAGCAUUCAUCUGUGGAAGCUGUUCUCCCCACACCUCCCUGCCCUACAGACAUCGCUCUUGCUUUAACCGUACCCAAACCUGUACCUAAAGCUAUACCUAAACCUGGGCCCAGACUUGGGCAUAAACCUGGACCUAAAUCCAGGUCUAGGCCCGCACCAAAAUCUGUCCAUAAAGCGGGUCCUAAAAGUGUCAUGAAACAGCGCCAGGCAGCGCAGUCCAUUGCUCAUCGUGUUACCCCUCAUCUCCCAUUUGCGAACACAUCCACCAUCCCUGCAUCUCUACUGACUGUGAAGGAGGAACGUGUUGCAGAGUUGGGGGUGUGUCCUCCCAAUAACCGGAGAUGCGGACGUUUUGUUGGUGUGAGGAAGAUUGUUGUCAAGGUGGCUCGCAUUCCUGUCAGCCUUAGCCGCAGACAGAAGAGCUACAAGAUUUCCAAUUUGGAGACAAUUACAGGUACAGAGAAAGGCAAUGAUGGUGGGCUUGAAGGCUCAGAGGCAGCUCGAGAGCCAACGGCGCUUCUCCGCAUGAAGAACAAUGGGAAGAGCGUUAUGGUGAUGUUCCCUCCUGGAGAGUUGCCUGUUAUUCUCAAACGCAGGCGGGGACGGCCGCCUAAACAGGCUCUGCCAGGAAUACCAGGAGAGCCUCCCAAUGCUGGCAGUGCUGGUGGUAAUGUAGACCAGCCCAAAAAGCCCCGGAGGCGUCGUCGGACUAAACUCCCUUCUCCUUAUCCAUCUUAUGUUAAUGAUACCAACGAUGUGAAAACAGAGUAUGGGGAUGUUCUGUCCAAACUGGCCUUUUUAAACCGCCAGCCCCCUGCCACUGGCCGCUGCUCUCCACCCCGAUGCUGGACACCCAGUGAGCCAGAAAGCUUUCAUACCCCCUUGGAAAACCCUGGAAUAUCCACCCUACUCCACCGGCUCACUGGGUAUAGACGCCCGCGGGGUGGCAGAGGAGGUGGCAUUGGAAGAGGUGGAGGAACAGCAGGGGGGAUUGGGGGCAGUGAGCGCAAUAAGAGCACCUUCAGUGACUUCUUUGAAUCCAUUGGCAAGAAGCGGAAACUAGGCCCCCUGUCUGAGCAUGGAUUACCUAGGAAAAGGGGGAAGGGUGUGGGUGGGGUUGGCAGGGGAGGGGGUAUUGUAGGAACUGAGCCUGGGGGAGAGAAAGUAGUCAGGAAGAGACGUAUGAGAAAAAAUGGCGCAUUUAAAGGAGAGGGGGUGUCCAUGGGGCAGGAUUGGCCCAACGGGGCAGGUGGCUGGGGAGAGGAGGGGGGUAUGGAAAAGGAGAAAGGUUUGGGUGGGUUUCAGCUCUGCGGAUCUCCAAGGGGGGGCUUUUCCUCUUGUGAGGUUGGAAGGGGGGGCGCCUAUAGCAGUCCAGGAGGAAGCAGAGGGGUUGGGCCAGCUGGGGAGGACUCACAAGGCCUGUUUGCUGGAUAUUUCCGGUCUCUGCUUGACUCGGAUGAUUCGUCAGACCUGUUGGACAUCUCCUCCUCACAGUCAGACCCCCGCAAAACUUCAUCCACCCCUGGUUAUGAGCCAUCAAGCCCGGCUACAGGUCACAGCUGGUCCCCUGCAUUCUCCAAGUGGUGCUCCAAGGGUGGUGCAAGUUCUGGGGCAGAGGGUUCAGCCCAGACACAUUGCUCUUCAGCCCGGCCUCCAUACAGCUAUGGCAGCCUGGCCCAAACGUCACCCACCACUUCUACCUACCCCAAAUCCACUCCUCCAUCUCUCUCACACUCUCCUAGCUCCCCCCACCCUGGCUCUUUUGGCCAUUACUCCUCUGGCUACUCCUCCUCUUCCCCUGCAGUGUCACAGAGAUCCUCUGACUGCAGCUUUGCUUACGGGUCUGGACACAGCAGUGGUAAAGCAACCCCUGUUGGCCAGAUCAGUUAUUCUAGUUACCAGGCAGCAGCCAAGCGGGGCUUUUGUGGAUAUCCUGCAGGUCUUUCCUCCAUGGUGCGGGGGGAGUCAACAGGACCCACGUCACCUGGAGGAGGGUACAUGUCUGUGGCCAAAGGUAGCCCAUUCAGCUCCUCCUCCUCCCCAGAAGGAUUCAAACAGUACAACUCGAGCCAGUGGAGCUUCAGACAAGGUUAUGGUGGCUGGUCAACAGACAGCUUUGGGCCUCAGUAUCAUGGCUUUGGUGAAUAUGGCUCCAAUGAGUCCAAAGACAUCUUGGAUAUCUCGAACUACACCCCUCAGAAGGCCAAACGACAACCUUUUCCUGAAAGUCUAUCAGAAUCCUCCUCAGACUCUUCACAUCUUGGAUCUGUACCCACUGGUAGUGGGCCGAGCUCCACAGGUGGCACAUACAAACAGAAUGAGGCUGCUUCUGUUAGUGCAGAAGGGGGCCAGUCAAGUCUCUCUAGCCUGGAGAAGCUGAUGAUGGAUUGGCAUGAGAGUGCUUCAGGGCCCUCCUAUAACUGGAGCCAGAGCGUCCUCUUCCAGGGUGGGGGGACCAGCAAGCCCGGCCGAGGUCGCAGGAAACGGACUGAACCACAAUCAGAAAAAGAGGGGGGCUCUGCUUUACACUCUGAUUCCCCAUCCAGUCCCUCACCAACGCCUACUCCAGGACCUAAACGGGGAGGGGUUGGUGGACGGGGAAGGGGAUCUAGAGGAGGCAGAGGGGGUUUGUCUCCAUGUCAGAGAGAGCGGCCAUCAGGGGCUAAAGGCAGGGGCAAGGCUGUCUCUGCAUCAGGGUCUGGAGGAGUAGUGUCUGCUGGAGGUCCAGAGGGGUCUGGGUUGUUCCAGGAAGUGCUGGACUAUUACAGCGGAGACAGUAGUAGCCUCUCUCCCCUGGCCACUCCCAAUCCUGCACCACCUUCCAGCUACCUCCAGGACCCCUGUGAGUACCCCUCCCCUUAUUCUGCCCACCCCUCCACACCUUCCUCUGAGGAGCGAUAUCCAGCCUUAUACCCUGGAGAGUCCUCCUCUUCCCUCUCACCCAGUGUCUCAUCUCCCCCUUACCCUCCCAAGCCCACCCCUCCUCCGCCCCAGUCUUACCACCCAGUCCCGUCCAGGACCUUUUCCCCCUCCUGCUCUCCCUCACCAAGGGUUACACCCCUCUGCGGCACUGCACUGAGUCCCUCACAUCGCCCCCCUCCAAAAGACCCACAGUUCUCACAGUAUGACUCCCCCAGUUAUUGCAGCUCCCCCUACUGGUACGGACAGACGUCACACAGCGGCAGCCCCAGCCCUCACUCACACAGCACACACUCAAAUACAGCCGUGCACACACACAGCAACCCGCACACAAGUCCUCACGGAAAUGCACAUGGUAAUCCACUCACUAUCUCAAAUGCAAACACACACACACACAUAACCCCGACAACCCAUGACACACAUCAUCACAACACACAGCCUCAUGCAAACCUGAGCUCACACACCAACACCCAUCCCACCUCACACCUCCAGAGCAACCCCCUCACCCUCUCAAACCCUCACACCAACAGUCAGCCCCACCACAACGCACACACUAACCCCAACCCUCACCUCCCAUCCCAUGCACACUCCAACCCCAGCCCCAGUCUCCUCUCCCACUCAACACCUGUGCUUUAUGAGGAGCGCAGCCCUCCCUCCACCAUGACUGCCCACAAGCGGGAUCUGACCCCACACCCCAUGAGCACAGGCCAUCGCCAGGGCCACCUGCCUCACUCCCCCUACCCCAAACCUCCCCUGGACUCCUCGCCCCAUCAGGAGGACACUAGUGGUUUCUCCCUGUCCCACCAAUCCUAUCAGGGAAUGGGACACCGCUACCCCUCCCAGGUGGCUCAGGGAGGUGGGGUGCUGUGCCAGCUCCUGGACCCAGCCAGUGAUGACAGCUUCAGCGUCACCAGCCUGUAACAGCAGGUGCAUUCAAUCCAAGCUUUUACAGAUUUGCAAACAUUUUUUUUUUUUCAUUUUUCUUUAAGGCAACUUCUUUGUGAGAGACUGUGAAAUGAAGGGUGAGAAUUUAGCUGCCAGCUUUGGACAGUAAAGCUUUAAUUCUCCAGCACUGACAAUCAAAAUCAACCGCAACGUAAACACCCAAGCAUGUAAACACACAAAUGCACACACACACACACACACACACACACACACACACACACACACACACACACACACACACACACACACACACGCAUGUGCAGAUGAAUUCACUACCUAGACAUGAACACAUAGAAUCAUACAUGUGUACACUGACUCACAUGCUACGCUGAGGGAAUGGCCAAGCGGAGCUGACAGAUGAAUACCAGACGCUGACGGACAGAGACAAACCUAUUUCCUCAUCCUGUUGAGUCCUGCUGUGAUACAUAGAGGACUCCGUUCCCCAGAAGUCUGUAUCUCAUCAAAUCUUUCUGGUCUUGUUCUGUACAUCUGCAAUAUGGACAAACUAGGAUCACACUGCUCUAUCUCUCUUUCUGUUUCUUUCCUCUGUCCUCUCUCAACCCCCCUCCUUUGCUAAACCAGCAACCGUGUUCUGCACUCGACUCACCAACACUGCAUUUCUGUCUCGUGCUCUAAACCUGAACCGCAUCUGAGCCCAAAUCAACUUUUUAAAUACCAUGAGCCUUGCAAGUGUCCUGCUCUGUGCACUCCUUGUGUUGUGACCCAUAAGAGAAAAGUGGACUAAACCAGUUUCUGCUCUCGAAAUACCAGCAUCUGUACAUACGACUCCAGCUCCAAGCCAGGGGCCCCCUCUUCACUCUGAAGGUCUGUCAUCAACACGCCCUCCUCAGCGUU